AUGUGGCGGACUCUCAUGGUCAUGUUUCCCGUGCACGCGUUGCGGACUGAGGUGGGUGAUGCCGAGUCCGUUGAUCAGAGUGGUUAUUCACUGCCGCGACGGUGCUCGAAUGGCUACUUCAGUUCCAGCCAUUGCUGUUCCUGCUCUGAGAUAAAUGGUCAGAGAUUCGAGCCAGAACUGGGUGCAGAGAUUGACACUUGCGAGUGGGUAACGAAAGAUGGUGUCGUACACGGGAAGCCUUGCUGUGCGGUGUGGGCCGUCGACUGCCAGGAGGAGGAGCCACAGUUUCAGCGAGGCCUCAACCGCGACUGCAUCGUUACAAAGGAAGAGUGUGCAAACUCUGAGUGUUCCGACGUCUACAAGGAGCUUGCUUCAGCGCGACAUGCACUGGCGAAGGCGAAGCGCGAUCGUCCACAGAGGAAGAGCUGGGAGGAGCAGGGCAUUGUCAACGGCAAGAGCAACAGCCCCUGGAUGUGCCCCUGUGCCUGUGGGAAUAUUGUAGACCUGGAUCCCAAGCAGAUGACCUGCAAGUCAUUAAAUGAAAAGGCGAUAGUUUGUCCCUCGGUCCGUGCAUGUUGCUCGGAUCUGGUCGACUGCGACGCGGAUGCUCCCUGGCCGAAG